AUGGAGCAACAGCUCCUCUUCAACUCAUUAGGUGGUAUGUUGGCUGGAGGCAUGACAGCAUCUUGGAUCGCCGGGAUGGCUAUCGUGGAAGGACUUCGAGCUGCUCAAGAAUUAUAUCUAUAUCCGUCUAUCGCCUUUAAGACGUAUAUUAUGAGCGUUAUGACGCUCUCCUUCGUCACCACAGGACUAUUUGGAGCAACUCUUUACCACCACUUCAUUAAGUCUUUCGGCGACUAUGAUAGCGUAGAUCGCAUAUAUCCUCUUCUGAGUGCGUCGCUUGUCUUGUUUCUAUCCCUUUUAGCUCAACAUGAGAAUCAUAGGCGUCAUAUGGUUCGUGAAGUUGACAACAGAAAUUUCUUCCUUGUUUACGACGAGCGCAGUGUGUGGUACUUAGUCAUCAGUCGCAUGCGUGGUCUGUAUCUCCCAUUGAUCCUUAUGAUGGUCAUGGGAUUUCUCGUCCUGGGUAGUGGACUAGCCUCCGGCAUUGCAGCGUACAACUUUUUCCAGCAGACAAGCUACUCUGUUAUGCAAACCAAACUAGGAAUUUGGCAAGCGAUGUUUUUUAUGGAGCUUGCAUGCGACUUGGGUCUGACAGCCAUAAGGGCGGUUUAUAUGUACAGGGCAAAUGAUAUCAAAGCCGUCAUUACACAUGCAGGACAUCCGUACGUUGACAUAGUAUUGUCCUCUCUUGAACAUACUACCCAAGGGGCUAACCUACAGUUUUUUACGUAUCAAUUGGCUGGUACAAGCAUCCGAUACGUUGCGGACAUAUGUUUGCUAGUCGCUCGGACACCGAUCUACAAUGCUAUCUUCGCUUUGAUCACCUUUGCGUCUGCCAGCUACACAUUCUCAUACCUCAUGGACAAACCAAACCAUGCUCUUGGUACCUCUGAUGGAGAACACAAGGGAUUUCCAGACGAGUUAUUUGCGUUCAAUAACCGAAUGCAUGACAGCAGGCUUGAUGCCCAAAGAAUUGUUCGCCCUCCGUGGAACAAUCCAAAGCCCAUUGACGAUCUCUUUGUAGAUGAUGAAGACGAAUUCGCAAGUGAUGGUAUCAAGAUGGAGCCGGAAGUCACUUCGCCCAAAGGUCAACCAAGCGGUUCUAGACUUAACUCGUGA